GCUUUCGGGGCACUCUCUUCGCGUCGUCCUUCCCGGUUGCCGGUCAAAACCUGUCAGGAGACAUGCCGUUGCAAGUAACAGCCAGAGUUUCGGAAAGUGAGAGACAUCUUGAGGAUGUAUACUCCGUUUUAUUCCGCAAUGGGAAACUAUUCAGCAGCGCCGCAGACGGCAAAGUCAAGGUAUGGAGUUCUGAUUUGAAGUUAAUCAAAGAGUUCCAGGCCCAUCAAUCUGUAGUGUAUGACAUGGCAAUUAUUGGCAAUACCUUAUAUACAUGUUCAAAUGAUGGAAAAGUUCUAGCCUGGGAUGUGGAAACAUUUGAAAAGAAAGCCACACUGCUGGAGAGUGAAAAUGAAAUUUAUAAAUUUUAUGUUGACAACGAAAAGUUGUAUGCUGGAGAUGACCAGGGAGUAGUCAGGUUGUGGGAGAAUGAUGAAUUUCUCCUGGUUUUUAAUCUUGUGGAAGAAGUACGUGGUCUGGUUGUCACAGACAAACUCCUUUUCACAGUCAGAGAUCGUGAUGUCUGCGUAACAGAAAUUGGUGAAAAAGGUCAUUAUUCAACUCGCAAAACAAUUGAGGGGAGCAGUCCCAUAUGUCUAGUGGGAAACAAAGUGUGUUUUGUAUCAAGAUCAGCAACAAAUAUUAUUGUGAUUGAUGCCACAAAAGAAACAGGAUUUAAAGAACUUAAUGAUUUAAAGGCUCAUGACAUGGUUAUCAAUGUUUUGCGCGAGGCUGGAGACUCCACUCUGUACAGUGGAAGUUAUGAUAAGUUUGUGAAACAAUGGGAUCUCAACUCUUUCAAAUGCCUAUCAUCUUGUGAUACAGGAGAAUGUAUAAAUGCACUUGCAAUUGGAAAUGAAGGGCAAGUAUAUGCAGCAGGACCGAAUGGUUUCUUGUGCCGAAUUGACAACAAAUAGAAAAAAAUUAAUGACUAAAGUCAAUAUAACAAGAUUUGAGCUACAAAGUGAAUAUAAAGAGAAGGUAAUGAGAAUACUCUUUGAUUUUCUAGUUUUGUGGCUGGAAAUUAAUUAUAAUUCAAAUUCUUUGUAAGUGAUGGAUUAAUGUUCUUUGGCUGAAACAUUCUAUGUAUUCAGUAUUACCAAUUACUAAAACAACACUGAACUGAAAAUUUUAAUAUACAUUUAUGUUAUUUUACCAGUUUUAUAUCCAUAAUUUGUACAAACAAAUUUAAUGGAAGUUUCUUAAUAAAUUAUUUUUAAAAAGUAUUUCAUAUAAAUAUUUAUAUACAUUUAUAUCCUC